CCCAUCAGUUCCCAGAGCCAACCCUUCGCUCAUUCCAUUGUGCGAUCACACCCAAUUCGAUUCGGUAUCGAUUGUUGCGCUCCGCGUCGUCCCGGUCAUUGUUUUACCGUUUGUGAACCCAUUAGUCGUUAAGUGUUAUUUUGCAUGAAUUCCACCACAUUUAUGGAUUAACUUGAUUACCUUUAACCUUUUUUGGAAGCGAGUUGCAUUUGUAUCAAGACCAACACGAUCGCAAAGCGAUCAAAGGUUGGCUAAAACCUUAUUUUUUUCGUAUUUUUUCUAUUGUGCAACGCCGCGCGAGUGUUGAAGUAAAAGCAUGUUUUGUGAACUGUGUGACCUUGACUUGUAACGGUAAAUUUGUGUUUUAUUCGUUUGAUAACUAAGCAAGCUUAGUUUAGAAGAACAUCAUACUAGCUUAAGGGGCAUUUCUUUUUUUGAUGGGCGCGAUCAUGCUACGAUCGAGUGCGAUCGUAUUGCUGCUGAUCGCUUUUGGCGUCAUUAUCAACAUCUUCGGAAGCGUGGACGCCGCUCGCAAGUCACCCAGCAGUCGAAUUGCGAAGGCGCCGGCCUGUGCCGAGAAUGAGUAUCGCUGCGAUAACGGGGCAUGCAUCCCCGAUGUGAACCACUGCAACGGCGCCAAGGAUUGUACCGACGGAAGCGACGAGGUUGGGUGUGAUUACUUCCUCUGCAAGAAGCCGAUGUGGUACCGCUGCAAGCACGACAAAAGCUGCAUCAGUGCGACCUUCCUGUGCGACAAGCACGACGACUGUCCACUGGGCGACGACGAGGAAAACUGCGAAAACUUCGAAGUGCCGCACGUCCCGGUCCCGUGCAGCAAGUUCGAGUUCACCUGCACGGACAAGAUGUGCAUCCCGCUGGAUUUGGUGUGCGAUGGGGUGUCCCAUUGCCUGGACGGAUCGGACGAAACCAUCGGCUGCAAGGACAUCGAGAACAAGUGCAAGGGAUUCGUGUGCAAGAACAAACGCUGCAUCAACAGCCACGACUGGGUGUGCGACGGGAUCGACGACUGCGGCGAUGGAUCGGAUGAGGAAAACUGCUUCAUUGGAUGCGACCUGGAGCAUGGGAAGUUCGAGUGUGCGGACAAUAGCACAUGCGUCGAUCUGAAGCUGGUUUGCGACGGGAAGGACGAUUGCGGAGAUCACAGCGAUGAGGGAGGAUCGUGUAAUUCGAAGGAGUGCGAUGCGAUGAGGUGUCCAGAGGGUUGUAAGGCUACGCCGCACGGAGCGGUAUGUCUGUGUAAGCCGGGUUUUAGGUUCAACAAGAAGAGCAAGGUUUGCGAGGACAUCAACGAGUGCGAACGGUACGGGUUGUGCUCGCAGGGCUGCGAGAAUAUUCCGGGAUCGUUCAAGUGCACGUGCGUCGACAAGUUCAAACUGAAGGAUGAUUCGAGGACAUGCGAGCUGGAUGAUUCAACCGAACCGCUUCUGCUGUACACAACUCAGAAGUCCAUCGGUGGACUUCAUCUGAACACCAAGCAUCAGUACUACGUAGCGAAGGAUCUAUCGCAAGUCAUCGGAGUAAGCUACGACGGCGCCCACGUCUACUGGACGGACAUUUCGUUCAAAACCGAAUCGAUCGAACGAUCACUGGAGGAUGGCACUAAGCGGGAACUGUUGCUGACUUCCGGUUUGGCCUCGCCUGAAGAUCUCGAAAUAGAUUGGCUCACGGGAAACAUCUACUUCAGUGACAGCGGUCACAUGAUGAUUGCCGUCUGCUCCAACAACGGGGUUCACUGUACCAUUCUGAUUCAGGACACGCUGCAUAAACCUAGGGGUAUUGCGCUGAUGCCUCAGAACGGAACCCUGUUCUAUUCGGACUGGGGAGAUAACGCCAUGAUCGGAGCCGCCGGAAUGGACGGCAAAAACAAGAGAAUCCUGAUCGAGCAAGACAUUCAUUGGCCGAACGGGCUCUGUCUGGAUUGGCCCAACGGGCGCCUGUACUGGGUGGACGCCAAACUGAAGAAGAUCGAAAGCAUCCGGGUGGAUGGAACUAACCGGGUGACGGUGCUGGCCGAUGUCUUGAAACAUCCUUUUUCGAUUGCCGUAUUCAACGAUCGCCUCUACUGGUCCGACUGGGACACGAAGAGCAUUCAGUCGUGCGAUAAGUUCAACGGAAAGGAUCGCAAAAUAGUGGUGCAUGAUCGACAGAUUUUCGAUGUUCAUAUCUAUCACUCCGGUCUACAGCCGAAAGGAGAUCACCCGUGCUUGGGAACCUUCUGCUCCCAUCUCUGUCUCCUCGCACCGAACGAUAGCUACAGCUGCGCUUGUCCCUACGGAAUGAGCUUGAAGGCGGACAAGCAUUCCUGUCGCGAGACGGUCAAACGCCAGUAUCUUCUGGUGGGAAUCGCCAACUACCUGGUCACGCUGGAAACGCAAACCUUCGGACGACAUGAGUCAUCCCAAGCCGACGCCUACCAAAUAUUCUUCCACCGGAUGGCCUUCAACUCGAUCACAGGGGAAAUCUUCGUCGCCGACAACCGUCAGAAGGCGAUCUUCACCGUCGAUCCCAAAACCAAAUCGUCCCAGAAGCUGAUCACCACCGGUAUUGGAAACAUCUCCGCGCUUGCUUUCGACUUCCUCGGCAACAACCUCUACUGGACGGACAGCGAGCGAUCGACGGUUGAGGUUUUCUCGCUCCAGACUCGCCACCGGGCCAUCAUUCAGCACUACCUCGGCCAAGAUAUUCCCGUCGGUCUGGCGAUCGUGUCCGAGAUGGGCAAAAUGUUCAUCGCCCUGAGAUCUCCCCUACCCGUACCGCACACCCACAUCGAUCGUUUGGACAUGACCGGCCGUGGACCUCACCUGCAUGUUAUCGAGGAACGACUCAGCGGCAACGGAUCGUUCAACUUCGUCAUCGAUCGCGAUCUGCGUUCGGUCUACUGGAACGACAUGGGUUCGAGCAAGAUCGAGUUUACCAGCUACGAAGGCGAUACCCGCCACCUGUUCCGGGAAUUCCUUCGACUCCCGGUUUCCAUAGCCAUCGUAGGCGACAGCAUUUUCUGGACUUGCUACCGAUCGAAGCGUCUCUAUUGGUCGGACAAGCACAACCUCGGCGUGACCAAGAAGAUCACCAUCGACAAACCACCGUACGGAGCGUUCCCCGACGAAAUUGUUCUGCUGGGCAGUCAACCCCUGCAGCGUUACGAUCACCCCUGCAUGAAGCAAAACGGCGGCUGCUCGCAUAUUUGCGUCCCCGCUGGAAUGUACAGCUCUGCGUGCAUCUGUCCGACGGGAAUGAUCUUCAGCUCGCCGAAGAACACGACCUGCAUCGAUGCGAUCGACUGCGAGUUCAAGUGUACCAGCGGUGAGUGUCUGACGAUCAGCAAGCGAUGCAACGGGAACAAGGACUGCGCUGACGGAUCGGACGAGAAGGGAUGCGAUGAGGCUGGACAGCCCAAGCAGUUGCACUGCCAAUACGAUGAGUUCAUGUGCGCAGACAAGAGCAAGUGUAUCGAUCAGACGCGAAGAUGCGAUGAGCACGUGGAUUGCGGCGAUGGUUCGGAUGAGAUGAAGUGCGAAGGGUAUGAUCGCGGAACUGGAUGUCAUGAACAUCAGCAUGCUUGCCCGGACGGGAUGUGCAUCGAUGUGAAUACGCUGUGCGAUGGAUUCCCGGACUGUCUGGAUGGAUCGGAUGAGGUGGGAUGCACGGAUCUGACCAACGAAAAGAGCAAUGCCACAACCUGCGGACCGCUGAUGUUCCGGUGCAAUAUGGGCCAGUGCAUUCCGAAGUGGUGGGAAUGCGACGGGAAUCCGGAUUGCACAGACGGGUCGGACGAGCAUGACAAGUGCCUGACGAAGACCGAUUGUGGGGCAGGUUUCACCAAGUGCGCACUAGGACAUUGUAUCGAGGAUCGAUUGCUUUGCGAUGGGAACAACGACUGCGGAGACAACUCAGAUGAACUGAACUGUAAGGUCGAGCUGGAACCGUGCGUGGGCCUGGAGGAUGAUAACCCGACCAAGUAUUUGUGUCCUCGAUCGGGGAAGUGUUUGGAUAUUGCGGUGCGCUGCAAUGGGACGGCUGAGUGUCCGGAUGGCGAAGAUGAGGCAGGGUGCAGCAAUUGUGGGCUACAGGAGUUCCAGUGCAAGAGCGGGAAAUGUAUACGGAAGGAGUGGAGGUGUGAUAAGGAGGUAGAUUGCGAUGAUGGAAGCGAUGAAGUGGAUUGUGUCAAUGGAACAGCUGCCGAACAUAUGGAAGUCCAUGUGGCCUGCGGAGAGGGCACUUUUGAAUGUAAACCGGGUGUGUGUAUCGAAAUGAGUCAGGUUUGCAACGGCAAGAAAGACUGCGAUGACGGGAAGGAUGAAGGUAAAGGGUGCGACGAUGCAUGUGCCAAGAGCCCAUGCGAGCACAAGUGCAUCAAAACUCCGACCGGGGCGAUCUGCGAGUGCCGUGAAGGGUUUACUUUGGCCCCGAACAAGAAGUCUUGCUUGGACGUGGACGAAUGCGCCGAAGGAAGGCCUUGCGCUCAGCAGUGUAGGAAUACGUUCGGCUCCUAUCGCUGCUCUUGCAAUCCAGGGUUCAUGCUCCGAUCUGAUAAGGUAUCCUGCAAGGCUGUCGGUCCAAGUCGUUACGUUCUGUACACUUCAUACAACCAGAUACGUAAACUGGAAGUGAAUCCUCCAUCGAUUCGUAUACUGAUGCAGGCCAACGAGUCCCGGAUCACUUCAAUGGACGUGGACAUACGCAGGCAGAUGCUCUACUUUACCGACGAGUACAAUCCGGUGAUCUACGAACACGACAUUGAACGCAACACCACCCACGUGCUGUACAAUGUUGGUCACCCGGAGCAGCUGGCCGUGGAUUGGAUUACCGGAAACGUAUACUUCUACGACCGAUCCGAACCGUCGAUCAAACUAUGCUCCGUUCAGCGUCAACUUUGCUCUCGAAUCAUAACCUUUGCUUCGCAAGUCUUCGUCAAAGCCGUCGUCGUCGAUCCCGUGAAUCGGAUCUUGUUCUACUCCCUCAUGCACUUCUGGAUCUUUCAAGUCCCGCACUCGAUCAUCUACCGGGCGGAUAUGGACGGCCAGAAUCAGCUGGUCAUUACCAAGGACGUCUCGCAUGUAACUUCCCUCCAGGUCGAUACGGAGAACAAGCUGCUCUACAUUGCCGACAUAAGCUCUCGGACCAUCAAUGCACUCGAUUACGAAGGCAAAAAACUCCGUACGGUCAUAGAGAAUCAGAACCUGGCCGUUAGCAAACCGAUCGGAAUCAUGAUCUAUGAAAACCAAGCUCUGGUCCUCAAUAUGGCCUCGUCUACGGUAGGCCAGUGCAAACUCUACGGAGACUUCGAAUGUCGACUGCUGGAGUUGAACGUCCACAACUCGAACCAACUGCUGAUCGUCCAGGAGUCUCGUCAACCGGAAGCUGAAAACGUCUGCGAUACGACCAAAAUCAACUGUAGUCACGUGUGUGUUCCCGGUGCCGACGGACAUGGAGUCUGCAUCUGCCACAAUGGCGAACGAAUCCACGGAACGGACAUCUGUCCGCAAACCUCGAACGUGAUGACUCCCCUGGUCAAAACUCAUCUUGGUGAAGCGGCCCCGAACGUGCACGAUUCGUCCGACGAAUCGUCAACAGGUUCAACGAUCGCCAACGUCUUCCUGGUACUUCUGAUUCUGGCGCUGGUCGGAGUGGCGGGCGGAUAUAUCUACCGGCGUCGCUACCAGCACAAGUUCGACAUCGGAAUGCACUUCCACAAUCCCGAACUCAGCACGGCCGAUGCGGCCGAAGUCAAGAUGUUCCAGAAAGUGCCCCGGCUCAAUCAAACUACUACGCACAACGAGUUGACGCUGGAGACGCCUCCGCACAGGCCUCCGUGUCAAGGCGAUCCCAACUCAAGCGAGUCGACCGGGCAGAACAAUGUCACCAGCACCGCCCUAGAGCUGGAGAACAUGUCCGACGUGGACUCGAUGGAGGACGCGUACGACUGCCGAGAUGAUCCCUUGCAGCGGUUGAUCCUCUGAAUGCGGGCGCGCGCGCUGGUUUGGUUACUUGGUAAUAAGUAACUUCAAAACCUCCAUUCUUUUGUAGUUGUUAAAAGUUAGUGUAAUAUUAGUAAUUUGUAACAAAUUUAGUUGUCCAUUUGUUAAAGAAUAAACCACGGCUUUGCGGUGUAAUUAGA